AUGUUUAUCAGCCCUGGAGAGCCCCAGGUGGACAUGGUCUCACUCCGGGACCAUGUUUUCACUCUUGCAGCGGCAGAGUCUGCGCCCUGGCUCUUCAAGCUGAAUCACAUCAACACGGCACUGGUUGUGCAGCAACAACAGCUCCACGACAUGUCUUUCCAUCCUUUGUCCCUGAGAAGCGGUUGGCCCCAGCAGCCGGCCAAACGGGGUCACCAACCCCUUCCGGCCUACGGCACCGGGUAUUGCCCCGAGGCAGAGCAGCUGGGCAAUAGUUUGUCCCUUGCGGCGGGAGAUGACAGUCAAACAUCGACCGGCAAUCGCGCAUCAGAGUCCCCCGGCUCGACUGUCUCACACUAUCCGCUCUGCGCCGAACAGACGGGCAUCUCCCACGGGUCAGGCACAAAUGUCCCCGUCCCGGGAGCCCCUGAGCUCCCGCUGGGGCCGCCAUACUGGCACCUGGUCCCGGUCCCGCACGGCUCUCCAGCCGCUCCCCCGUUUGCGUACGGCGGGGAUCCGACCUGGAACCACACCCAGCACGGCGCCCACUCUUUGGUCGACUACAGCGACUACGCGCUGGGUGACCCCGCGGGUGCCCUCCCACAGGCCGUCUUUCAGCAUGCCGCUGCCGACGCGCUCCACGGCUUACCCCUUGCGCCCAUGCCGGAGGGAGAUUCGAGCACAAACUCUACACUCUACUCUCCGUCCGACAUGCUCGGGGCCAUAGUGCUCGGCGAUGAGCCAACCCGAAGCUCUUGGGACGUCUCGCCCGAGACCAAAGCGGCGGUUCGCGAGGAUACCGGCCGCUGCGUCCGAGUCGUCACGGAACCGCACGCCAUCAGCGGCAGCACCUGGGCGGAGCCCGAGCCCGAGCCCGAGCCGGCCGACGAGACGACCGUGUCGCCCAAGAUGCUAAGGAUCCGCCAGACGCCGACUCCAUCGUCAUCGUCAUCAUCAUCAUCCUCAUCCUCAUCCUCAUCAUCAUCGUCGUCAUUGUCGUCGUCUAACGACUCAGUCCACGCGAGCUUCCCGGCCGACGCGCACCACGGCGAGCCCCCCGCAGCUCCCGUCGACCCGGCACUGUCGAACUCGGGAGGGAGAGCGAAGAGGGGAGGGGGUAAGCCGCUGGCGGAGAACAACAGCCGCAGGCGAGCCCUCAUCCCCGGCACCACCACCACCACCACUGGCAACGCGUCCACCCGGCGGCAGCGGUCAGCAGACUCCUCCUCCUCCCCAACGCCGCGGAGGCUAACGCGGCUGCGGCCCAAGCCAGGCGGGUCCGCUGUGGCGGUGGUGGCGACGACAACGACGAUGUCGCCCACGCCGCCGCCGCCGCCGCCGCCGCUUCCUCUCUUAUCUUCGCAGGCUCCCCCGAGCCAGAGUCUGCAGCUCAGGAGAGGGGGAGCUCAGGAGACGACGACCGCGACCGCGACCGCGACGGCGGCGGCGGAGCUGGCGGAUCGCAUGUCCAAGGACGAGUUCCUGGUGCGGCAGAAGCGGAUGGGCAGGACGUACAAGGAGAUCCGGCGGCUGGGCGGGUUCACCGAGGCCGAGUCGACGCUGCGCGGGCGCUACCGCACGCUGACCAAGUGCCGCGAGGCGAGGGUGCGCAAGCCCGAGUGGUCCGAGACGGAUCUCCGCCUCCUGGAGCGAGGCGUCCGCGAGCUCGCCCACACGGCCGACCUCAACCCGGCCAAGGUGCCCUGGAAGCGGGUGGCCGAGUACAUUGUGGCGCAGGGCGGGUCGUACCACUUUGGCAACUCGACCUGCCGCAAGCGCUGGGACGAGCUCGUGCGCGAGCAGGCCGCCCUCGGCAAGAGCCUGCACCAGCCCUUCUUUGACGACGACGACGACGCCGACGACGCCUACGACGACGACUACGGUGCCGCUGUUGUCGUGCCUGCUGCGGUUGUGGCUGCAGCUACGCCGGACGGGAACGGCAGCGGUCAUCACGGCCGUGGUGGGUUUCUGGCGUGA